AUGCUAAACAAGCGAGGAAAGGCCCCCAGCGGCCCAUGGGGCAGAUUAAAGCCCGUCAUCCAAGAUCCCCUCGAGAGCGUCGGCUUGCCGUCCAAGGGCGACAACACACUCGUCAACUUUAAAGAGCAAGAGAAAUACUACACCAAGAUUGUCGAUCGGUACAUGGCCUUUUGCGCUGCCCCCGGCCAGCGCGACGACCUCUUGCGGCGCUUCUCGUCGCUCGAAAUCCAAGACAACGCUACAAACACCACAACUACGUCGUCGACUUCGUCACCGUGGCCCAAUGUAGCAGCUUCUUCACCUCUCGCCGACCCGGCCAACGCAAAAACGCUCUCCAUCCUCAUGGCCGCCCUCCGCAAGCUCCGCGAGGGCAUCGUGGCAUCCAAGCGCGCAGACGACUUUGCCCAACAAGCCUACCUCUUCUGUAUCCGCCUCUCCAUCCUCAUCAAGCAGCCCGAGUCUUACCACCCUGCGAUUCUGCACCUUCUGCGAACUAUUCACACACAGCAUCCGCUGUCGUCUGUCGAGCUACAAGAGGUGGUGUGCUACUUGAUCCUCGAUACCGCGUGUCGCCGGCACGAGCUGUCUGAAGCGUAUGGGCUGAGAAGGGCUUAUAAAGUGCGAGACCUCAAGAUUGACGCGGCGCUGUCGUCCCUCGCGCACGAUAAUUAUAUUGUGUUCCACCGUGUCCGGAAGAGCGUGGAUGGGCAUCGCGCGAGACUGAUGGAGUGGGCGGAAAAGGAUCUGCGUAUUCACACGCUGAAGUGUUUUGGGCGGUCCUACAUGUCUGUUGACUUGGGAUACUUGGAGCAGUCGACGAAUGCGCGUUGGGCGCAAUUGGCUAGUGAUGGUGUGGGAUGGGAGUUGAAUGAUGAAAAGGUGACGAUACGCCGGGUAAGGGCCAAGUAGGCAUGCAAGCAUGAUGAUUAUGAUGACUUACGUGUAUAUAUAUUUACAAGCUACAUUGGUUUAGUAUCGUGUAUAUAUCUAUCUAUUGCAUUUGCUUUUGUUACCAUGUUGAGAGGAUUGUUUGCUGUGGCUUGGGCUGUGCUGCUGCCUGCCUCGACCACCACCCAGAAAUGAGAGGACCAAUCAGGCCAC